AUGUAUGUGAUUUUGACAGCCACAGAAGCGUACAAUUACUGGGCAGUUUCUUUGGCCGUGGUAMUACUGACAGUGACAUUCUCGACAGCUCUUUUGACCGUGGGUUUCGAGGUCUACCUCAGCAUCAAGGGAUGUUGUGGGCUUUAUCCUGAAGCUUGCACACAAGCGACUGCAGUAGAUAAUUAUAUCAAAGAAUGGGAUGCUAAGAGUAAAGCCGUGGAUGAACUUUUUCUUCAAGCAACAAAUCUCCAAGAAGAUGUCUUACAGCACAACGACAAGGCCAACGAAAUCUUCAUCAACUUAGUGUCAAUCUCAAGUGGCCAGGAAGAGACGCUGAAUCUGCUGUCUCCAGAAACGGCARAACUAUUCGAGAAAGAAUGGAAAGAAAUUGAGCAAGCUCUGGAUUCUGGCAACACAACUGUGGCCAAUUGGUCUUAUGAUGAACUMAACACUAAGUUUGAGUCUUAUUUCAAAACUCCUCACAGUGCACUAAACKGGCUGCAAAACUUUCUCUCACAAACUGCAGCUGUGACUUACACUGUUUGGAGAGAAAACUACUUGAGGAAUUACCAAGCUAAGCACAUGCAGAGGAUCAACAGCGGUCCAUCAAGAUUUCAAUUACUCAAAGCCCAGAACACCAAAGCCGCUAAAUUGAUUGGAAUGGAAAAAAUGAGAAUAAGUGCGUUYGCUAARAAAACUGCACACGAACGUACGGUAGCCAAAUACGGGGGUGGAAAAUAUGCCCCCCUUCUCACUGCCUACAGCGUUGUCAGUACUGCUUGGUCUCUAGGAACUGAUGCCUAUAGAAUCUACCGGAAUGUUAAACAAUGUAAACAAAAACGUGACUCAGUCAAUAAGAUCUAUACUGAAUUCAAGCGAGCUGAUGAUGAAAUGAACUCCAUAACAGAUUAUUCAAAUGAAUAUAUCGCCAACUUGACAGAGGGAUGGAAUGAAGUCAAGGACGUGCUAACAAACGGAAAUCUGCUCGUGACACUUGAAGAAGCUGCCACUAUUUCCAGCUCUGCCUCUCCACAAACAGCGCGUACCACACAAGCAACGCAAUACAUAGAAACCUACAUCCUUUCUAUUAACUCAACUAUAAAUACCAAYCCUGACCAGGCCUAUGCGUUAGAGAAAGACCUCAAUAUCGGACUGAUGACCGUCAAGCUGUUGACCAAGUGCUAUAAUAAUAGAAUCGGAUUUGGCGUUUAUGUCUCUGAUAUGUGCAAGACAGGAAGCGAUACCCUUGAGAACCUGUACAAUCAAGGCGCAAAGAUCUACAAGAGUCCUGAUGAUAACUGUGAGAGCGAGGUUGGAGUCAGUGAGAUCACUCUCGCAAACAUGACAGACUACAUCAAUGAAAAAGCUACAACUGAAAACUACGAUCCAGAUUGCAUUAUCAAUAGUCCAAGCAAACUGAACCAGGCUUGCAGUCUAAACCACGAUGGCUACGAUGAUGAGACCGUAAAGACAAAGAUGGGCCUAUCAAUCAGCCAAGUUCAGAAGCUAAUCUCUAAAUGUACAACUCCUGACCUGACACCCAAUGAAAUCGACACAGUCUGUAUUCUUCGUAACAAUAAUGACCUAACUAAUGACCAGAUCCUAUUGUUACUUCUUGGUCACACCAUCGAACAAAUAAAUGCAGUACAUUGCCCAUAAGUCAUGCCAAACCAAAGAUUUGGUGCCAUGGUUUCAAUUAACACAUUUACAGUGUCAAGGAUUGAAUAAGGGUGUAAUUUGCUUAACCCAUGAAAAAAUAGAAAAAAAAAUCGAAAUGUCCAAAGGCGUAAUAUCAGAGAUUAGACAGAGUUACAUAAUCUUAUUCCUAUAUUAUCUUAGGUAUCUCGUGUCUUCUUUGGUUGUUUUGCAGCUGUUUUUUAUGUUUUGGAGAAUUCCCAUUAUAUUUAAUAUAAGCAAUGUUUUAUGUGAAUAUGUAYUGACUCAUCAGUUUCAGAAUUACUGUAUUAUCAAUCAUUUGUCAAAAAUAUUUUGUGUUAAG